AUGUCGGGGUCACUAAUUCUUCCCUACGUGGACAAGGUGCCUUGCCAGCGGAAAUUGAUGCAGGCGCGUGCAAUGGUGCGCCACGAGGCGGAGUGCGACCAGGGGGAAAAGAGUGCGUACGGCGAGAAACGUCACGCCUUGCUAGAACUUCAGCGGAUAAACAUGGACGAAUAUAACAAAUUCAGGAAUGAGUUACAUGCGGCUUGCAAGGAUCUGUUUUCGUCUUUAGCCACUCAGAGCUCAAGUCUUUCCCUUAGAAAGCGGAGACGCUCACCAGACACAGCGGCGGAUUGUGAGAUGUUGCGUUUUGAGGGACUUCUCACAGAGUCUUUGAACCUGGAGUUGCAACUGCAGUGCAGAGAAGGCCAAAGCCAAGAGUACGCGGAUGCGGCGGUGGUGUUAGAGGCGUUGCAGUGCACACAAGAGGUGCUGCAUGCCACAAGGCGGCGCACAGAGGAGAUCAACGCUCUGCGCUGCGUGGAGCAGCGGCAAUUUGCAAAGCUGCUGGCCGUAAAGGAGCGAAUAGCACGCGGACGUCUGGAAAAAACGUAUGCACUUGAAAAACUUCUGCGGGAUGCUGAGAGAACUUAUCACCGCUCAAUGUUGCUGAAUUCGCUGGAAUAG